CCACCAUCUGGCACUCUGCGGGCACUCUGCAACCGCAAUAUCUGCAGCCCUAGUUGAUUUGGGACAACCUUUGUCGAGGAAUAUAUUUCUUCGCCUGUUCUACCUCUCCUCUGACCUUCUAUUCUCUUCAAAUCAGACCCUGGUCAAACACCGCCGCCAAUGCCCGCGCCCACAAACACCCUUCUGAUCGAAGGGACGUUCACCGAACUUGCAGAGGAACUCGCCCAGUAUAUCGAUACACUCGCCAAAGCAGAAGAGGGCGCCGGAGUCCGAGCAGAGAUUGAGCAACGACUCAGCACUAUCAGAGAGUCCGAGCAAUCACAAGAGCCGGUCGACGAGGCCGCAGUCCUGAACCAGAAAAAUGAAGUCUUGAAAAAGAUUGUCACCAAAGCCUCAGUCCUCAACAGCGCCCCCGAGAGAGAAUUCUCCGCUGCGUAUAACCUUCUCAUCAGCCUUUCUUCUCAAUCCUCCAUCUCCGACGGACUGUUUUCUAGAAUAUGCACGUACCUGUCUGAGCAACCCGUUACCUCCUCCCCCACCUACGGCAGCAGCCUUGCCCUACAAACCCUCACCACGAUAUUCAACAUCCUGCCUCCCACGAGUGAAUCCCGCUACCAUGUCUUCAUCGCCAUCCUCAAAGUCAUGCGCCAGAUGACUUCCCCGCAAGCCUUCGAAGCGCUCAUCCCUCAACUCGAGACGAACAUCCCGAACUGGCUGUCCGCAUGGGAACUCGAUGACGAAGACGCCCGCAACUUAUACGUCGCGGUCGCGGACGUCGCUUCCUCAACCGGAAAUGAAGACCUGCAUUACACAUACCUCCUGUCAGCCCUGCAGACAAUCCCUCCCGAAUCAGCGUCCGAGGCAGAGAGCGCAGAACUCGCACGUCGUGCUCUGCGGGUCGCAUUGACAAACCCCACAAUCACGGACUUUACGCCCUUGACUACGAGUGACGCCGUCGUCGCCUUACGGCGCUCAGAUGGCAACCUCUUUGACCUCUUGGAGAUCUUCUCCUCAGACGACUAUUCGUCAUAUGCUGACUUCCUUGAGACGAACAACCUGGCAGACUUGGGCAUUCCUGAUUCGGCAGCGGAGACGCUGAGCCACAAGAUCCGCUUACUUACACUGGCUACUAUUGCUGCAUCCUCAACAACUCGCUCCGUUCCUUACAGCACCAUUGCCUCUGCGUUACAGAUCCCCUCUGAAGACGUUGAGAUGUGGGUCAUCGACACCAUCCGGGCCGGUCUCGUCGAGGGCAAACUAUCCCAACUGAAGCAGGAAUUUUUGGUCCAGAGAGCCACCUACCGCGUGUUCGGGGAGAAGCAGUGGGCCGAGAUCCAAGGGCGCUUGAUGGUCUGGCGACGGAGUCUGGAGAGUGUGUUGACCGUUGUCAGGGGCGAGAGGGAGAAGUUCUUGAGAGAAGGGCCGACGCCCAAUGGCGAUGCAGGUGCCAAUGGCUAUGGAGGCGACGGAGAGGGUCAGAGGACCGGAGGGGAACGCCAGCAGCAGAGAAGGCAAGGCGGUGGUGGGGGUGGCCGUGGACCGCGCCGCGAUAGGGGAGAUCAGCAGCAGCAAGGACCUCGGGAGAUUGAGGUGGGCGGAGGGGAUUAGGAGUCUUCUCACCGUCCGGCGCGGUCGUCCGGCAGAGUCGAUGCCUUCCUGGACGCGCUGUUGCAGCGCCUCGAGGACCAGAGAGCCAUGUGAGGCUCGCGAAUUGGGAUGACGGAUCAUGCAACGAAAACCUACCUCAGGGGGGAGCCUACUUUGAGGCGUCACCGAAGACACUUGAUGUACUUGAUAUGCGCAACGCAUAAAAUAGCUUUGAAUUAGAACAUUGCUCUGACUUUCCGAGCAUUCUUUAAAUCUGC